CUCCCCCCGCCGGGCGCAGGCGCAGGCGCGGCGCCGCCCCCCCGCUAAAGGGAUGAGCGCGGCCGGCCGUGCCCGGGCGCAGGAGGCGUCGUCCCGCGGCGAGGCGGACGGGGAGAUGCCGGCCACCGAGAAGGACCUGGCGGAGGACGCGCCCUGGAAGCGCAUCCAGCAGAACACCUUCACCCGCUGGUGCAACGAGCACCUCAAGUGCGUGCAGAAGCGGGUGGGCAACCUGCAGACCGACCUGGGCGACGGGCUGCGCCUGAUCGCGCUGCUGGAGGUGCUCAGCCAGAAGAAGAGCCGCAAGUACAACGCCCGCCCCACCUUCCGCCAGAUGCAGCUGGAGAACGUCUCGGUGGCCCUCGAGUUCCUCGAGAGGGAGAACAUCAAGCUGGUCUCCAUCGACAGCAAGGCCAUUGUGGAUGGGAACCUGAAACUGAUCCUGGGGCUGAUCUGGACGCUGAUCCUGCACUACUCCAUCUCCAUGCCCAUGUGGGACGAGGAGGAUGAGGAGGAGGCGAAGCGGCAGACGCCCAAGCAGCGCCUGCUGGGCUGGAUCCAGAACCGCCUGCCCCAGCUCCCCAUCACCAACUUCAGCAAGGACUGGCAGAGCGGCCGGGCCCUCGGUGCCCUCGUCGACAGCUGCGCGCCCGGGCUGUGCCCCGACUGGGACUCGUGGGACCCCAGCAAGCCCGUGGACAACGCCCGGGAGGCCAUGCAGCAAGCCGACGAGUGGCUGGGCAUCCCCCAGGUGAUCACCCCAGAGGAGAUCGUGGACCCCAACGUGGACGAGCACUCGGUCAUGACCUACCUGUCGCAGUUCCCCAAGGCCAAGCUCACAGGGGCCCCCCUGCGCCCCAAACUCAACCCCAAGAAGGCCCGAGCCUACGGCCCUGGCAUCGAGCCCACGGGGAACAUGGUGAAGCAACGGGCCGAGUUCACGGUGGAGACGAUCAGCGCGGGGCAGGGGGACGUGCUGGUGUACGUGGAGGACCCUGCCGGGCACCGCGAGGAGGCUAAAGUGGUGGCCAACAACGACAAGAACCGGACGUUCUCCGUCUCCUACAUCCCCAAAGUCACUGGCAUGCACAAGGUGGGGUCGGAGGGAUUGACGGUGCUCUUUGCGGGGCAGCACAUCGCCAAGAGCCCCUUCGAGGUGCAGGUGGGGCGGGCGGCGGGCGACGCCGGCCGGGUCUCGGCGCAGGGGCCCGGCAUCGAGCCCCUGGGCAACGUGGCCAACAAGAGCACCUACUUCGAGAUCUUCACCGCCGGCGCGGGGCCGGGCGAGGUGGAGGUCUCCAUCACGGACCCCAGCGGGCGCCGGGGGGCGGUGGAGCCGACGUUGGAGGCCCGCGGGGACGGCACCUACCGCUGCACCUACCGCCCCACGGCCGAGGGGCCCCACGCCGUCCACGUGGCCUUCGGGGGAGCCCCCAUCCCCAAGAGCCUCAGCGUCACCGUGGGGCAGGCCUGCAACCCCUCGGCAUGCCGCGCCGUGGGGCGGGGGCUGCAGCCAAGGGUGCGGGUGAAGGAGACGGCGGAUUUCAAGGUCUACACGAAGGGGGCCGGCAGCGGCGAGCUCAAAGUCACCGUCAAGGGCCCCAAGGGCACGGAGGCGGUGAAGCAGAAGGACCUGGGGGACGGCGUCUUCGGCUUCGAGUACUUUCCCACCACACCGGGGACCUACACGGUGACGGUGACCUGGGGGGGGCAGCACAUCCCCGCAGGUGACCCCUUCGAGGUGAAGGUGUCCCCCGAGAGCGGCAGCCAGAAGGUGCGGGCCUGGGGGCCUGGCCUGGAAGGGGGUGUCGUGGGCAAAUCGGCCGACUUUGUGGUGGAGGCCAUCGGGGACGACGUCGGCACCCUCGGUUUCUCGGUGGAGGGCCCCUCGCAGGCCAAGAUCGAGUGCGACGACCGGGGAGACGGGUCCUGCGACGUGCGGUACUGGCCGCAGGAGCCGGGCGCCUACGCCGUCCACGUCCUCUGCGACAACGAGGACAUCCGCCGCAGCCCCUUCAUGGCCGACAUCCGCCCCGCACCCCGAGACUCCUUCCCCGAGAAGGUCAAAGCCCAUGGGCCGGGGCUGGAGAAGACGGGGGUGGCCGUCAACAAGCCUGCCGAGUUCACGGUGGAUGCCAAAAACGGGGGAAGGGACCCCUCAAAGUGCACCGCCCAGGACGCAGAGGGCAACCCCGUGGACGUCUCCGUCAAGGACAACGGCAACGGCACCUACAGCUGCUCCUACGUCCCCAAGAAGCCCCUCAAGCACACCGCCAUGGUGUCCUGGGGCGGCUGUGAACAUCCCCCAGAGCCCCUUCGGGUGGGCGUGGGGGCCGGCAGCCACCCCCACAAGGUGAAGGUCUACGGCCCCGGCGUGCCAAGACGGGGGCUCAAGGCCCACGAGCCCACCUACUUCACCGUGGACUGCACCGAGGCCGGGCAGGGUGAGCUGGAGGGCGUGGGGGACGUGAGCAUCGGGAUCAAGUGCGCCCCGGGGGUGGUGGCCCCCGAGGCCGACAUCGACUUCGACAUCAUCCGCAACGACAACGACACCUUCACCGUGCGCUACACCCCCCGCGGCCCCGGCGCCUACACCAUCAUGGUGCUCUUCGCCAACCAGGCCACCCCCACCAGCCCCAUCCGGAUCAAGGUCGACCCCUCGCACGAUGCCAGCAAAGUGAAGGCGGAGGGACCCGGCCUCAGCCGCUCUGGUGUGGAACUGGGGAAGCCCACCCACUUCACGGUGAACGCCAAGGCGGGGGGCCGGGCCCCCCUGGAUGUGCAGGUGACGGGGCCCGGGAAGGGCGAAGCCGUGCGGGACCUGGAGGUGAUCGACAACCAUGACGGCACCCACACCGUCAAGUACACCCCCCUGCAGCAGGGUAAUUUGUGGGUGUCGGUGACCUACGGGGGCGACCACAUCCCCAAGAGCCCCUUCACUGUUGGGGUGGCCCCCAGCCUCGACCUCGGCAAGAUCAAGAUCUCCGGCCUGGAUGACAAGCUGGAGGUGGGGAAGGACCAGGAGUUCACGGUGAAGUCCAAGGGCGCCGGGGGCCAGGGCAAGGUGGGGGCGAAGAUCACGGGCCCCUCGCGCAAGGCCGUGCCCUGCACGGUGGAGCCGGGGCUGAGCCCCGAGAACAGCCUGGUGCGCUUCAUCCCCCGCGAGGAGGGGCCCUACCAGGUGGAGGUCACCUACGACGGCGUCCCCGUCCCCGGCAGCCCCUUCCCCGUCGAGGCCGUGCCCCCCACCGACCCCUCCAAGGUGCGCGCCUUCGGGCCGGGCUUGCAGGGCGGGCUGGCCGGGGUGCCGGCCCCCUUCACCAUCGACACCAAGGGGGCCGGCACGGGGGGCCUGGGGCUGACGGUGGAGGGCCCCUGCGAGGCCAAGAUCGAGUGCCUGGACAACGGCGACGGCACCUGCUCCGUCUCCUACUUGCCCACCGAGCCCGGCGACUACAACAUCAACAUCCUCUUUGCCGGCGCCCACGUGCCCGGCUCGCCCUUCCGCGCCCCCGUCCGCGCCCCCUUCGACGCCUCCAAGGUGACGUGCUCGGGGCCGGGGCUGGAGGGGGCCACGGCCGGCCAGCCCGGCCACUUCCGCGUGGACUGCAGCCGGGCCGGCACGGCCGAGCUGACCAUCGCAUCGCCAUCGGAGGCGGGCGCCCGCGCCGAGGUGCGGGUGGAGGACAACGGCGACGGCACCUACACCAUCGCCUACACCCCGCUCAGCCCCGGUGUCUACACCAUCACCGUGGAGUACGGCGGGCAGCCCGUGCCGCACUUCCCCAGCAAGGUCCGGGUGGAGCCCGCCGUCGACACCGCCGGCGUCAAGGUCUACGGGCCCGGCGUGGAGGGCAAGGGCGUGUUCAGGGAGGCAGUGACAGAGUUUGACGUGGACGCCCGGGCGCUGACCAAAGCCGGGGGUCCCCACGUGAAGACGAGGGUGUCCAACCCCUCGGGGAACGUCACCGAGACCUUCGUGGAGGACCGGGGUGACGGCACCUACCACGUGGAGUACACCCCCUAUGAGGAGGGCAUGCACACAGUGGAGGUGAGCUACGCCGGCAGCCCGGUGCCGCACAGUCCCUUCCGCGUGCCCGUCACCGAGGGCUGCGACCCGGCACGUGUUCGCGUCCAUGGCCCUGGCAUCCAGAGCGGCACCACCAACCAGCCCAACAAGUUCACUGUGGAGACCCGAGGGGUGCCGCACGGGGGCCUGGGCCUGGCGGUGGAGGGUCCCUCGGAGGCCAAGAUGUCCUGCACCGACAACAAGGACGGGAGCUGCUCGGUGGAGUACAUCCCCUACGAGCCGGGCACCUACAGCCUCAACGUCACCUACGGUGGCCACCAAGUGCCCGGGAGCCCCUUCAAGGUGCCGGUGACGGAUGUGGUGGACUCAUCCAAGGUGAAGUGCGCGGGGCCGGGGCUGACGCCGGGCGUCGUGCGAGCCAACGUGCCCCAGACCUUCACCGUCGACACCAGCAAGACCGGCGUCGCCCCCCUGGACGUUAAGGUUCAGGGCCCUAAAGGCGUGGUGGAGCCCGUGGACGUGGCGGACAACGGGGACGGGACGCAGCGCGUCAGCUACGUCCCCUCCCGCGAGGGGCCCUACAGCAUCUCGGUGCGCUACGGCGACGAGGAGGUGCCCCGCAGCCCCUUCAAGGUGAAGGCGCUGCCCACGCACGACGCCAGCAAGGUGAAGGCGAGCGGCCCCGGGCUGAACACGACGGGGGUCCCGGCCAGCCUGCCCGUGGAGUUCACCAUCGAUGCCAAGGACGCCGGCGAGGGGCUGCUGGCCGUCCAGUUCACGGACCCCGAGGGCAAGCCCAAGAAGGCGACAAUUCGGGACAACCAGGACGGCACCUACACGGUCUCUUACGUCCCCGACAUGACGGGGCGCUACACCAUCCUCAUCAAGUGGGGGGACGAGAUCCCCUACUCGCCCUACCGCAUCCGCGCCGUGCCCGCCGGCGACGCCAGCAAGUGCACCGUCACCGGGGCGGGCAUCGGCCCCACCAUCCAGAUCGGGGAGGAGACGGUGAUCACGGUGGAUGCCAAGGCGGCGGGCAAGGGCAAGGUGACCUGCACCGUCUGCACGCCCGACGGCUCCGAGGUGGACGUGGACGUGGUGGAGAACGCCGACGGCACCUUCGACAUCUUCUACACCGCCCCCCAGCCCGGCAAGUACGUCAUCUGCGUGCGCUUCGGGGGCGAGCACAUCCCCAACAGCCCCUUCCAGGUCAUGGUGACUUGUUUGCGCAGGCGACCGACCGCCCGCUGCUGGGGUGAACGGCUGGACAUGGCCGGGCUGCGCCCCUUCGACCUCGUCAUCCCCUUCACCAUCAAGAAGGGCGAGAUCACCGGGGAGGUGCGGAUGCCCUCGGGGAAGGUGGCCAAGCCCGACAUCACGGACAACAAGGAUGGGACGGUGACGGUGCGGUUCGCUCCCACCGAGGCCGGCCUGCACGAGAUGGACAUCCGCUACGAGAACAUGCACAUCCCAGGCAGCCCCCUGCAGUUCUACGUGGACUACGUCAACAGCGGCCACGUCACCGCCUACGGCCCCGGCCUCAUCCACGGCACCGUCAACAAGCCGGCCACCUUCACCGUCAACACCAAGGACGCCGGCGAGGGAGGUCUGUCGCUGGCUGUGGAGGGUCCCUCCAAGGCGGAGAUCAGCUGCACGGACAACCAGGACGGGACGUGCAGCGUCUCCUACCUGCCGGUGCUGCCCGGGGACUACAGCAUCGUGGUGAAGUACAACGACAAGCACAUCCCGGGGAGCCCCUUCACCGCCCGCAUCACCGGUGACGACAGCCUGCGCCUGUCCCACCUGAAGGUGGGGCGCCUCGGCCGACAUCCCCUGGACAUCGGGGAGACGGACCUGAGCCAGCUGACGGCCACCGUCACCGCCCCCUCGGGCCGCAAGGAGCCCUGCCAGCUCAAGCCUCCGCACGGCCACAUCGGUAUCUCCUUCGUGCCGCAGGAGGUGGGGGAGCACCUGGUGCACAUCUCGCGGGGGGGCAGCCCCUGGCCCGCAGGCCCCAUCUCCGUCACCAUCAGCCAGGCCGAGCUGGGGGACGCCAGCCGGGUGCGCGUGGCGGGGCCCGGCCUGCGCGAAGGACGGACCUUCGAGCCGGCGCACUUCACCAUCGACACCCGCGACGCCGGCUACGGGGGGCUGAGCCUCUCCAUCGAGGGGCCCAGCAAGGUGGACAUCAACGAGGAGCUGGAGGACGGGACCUGCCGCGUCUCUUACUGCCCCCACCGAACCCGGCAACUUACAUCAUCUCCGUCAAAUUCGGCCGACCAGCACGUCCCCGGAAGCCCCUUCUCAGUGAAGGUGACGGGCGAGGGGCGGGUGAAGGAGAGCAUCACGCGUCGGCGCCGCGCCCCCCCCGAGGCCAGCGUUGGCACCGCCUGCGACCUCAGCCUCAAGAUGCCGGAGCUGAGCGCCCACGAGGUGACGGCGGUGGUGACGGGCCCCUCGGGGCAGGCGGUGCCGGCGCAGGUGCUGGAGGGCGACGGCGGCGCCUACAGCAUCCGCUUCGUGCCCGCCGAGACCGGCGUCCACUCGGUCAGCGUCAAGGACCGGGGCCAGCACGUCCCCGGCAGCCCCUUCCAGUUCACCGUGGGGCCCAUGGGCGAGGGAGGCGCCCACAAGGUCCGCGCCGGGGGGCCCGGCCUCGAGCGGGCCGAGGCCGGCGUGCCAGCCGAAUUCAGCAUCUGGACGCGGGAGGCGGGCGCCGGGGGCCUCUCCAUCGCCGUUGAGGGGCCCAGCAAAGCCGAGAUCGCCUUCGAGGACCGCAAGGACGGAUCCUGCGGCGUCUCCUACGUCGUCCAGGAGCCAGGUGACUACGAGGUGUCGGUGAAGUUCAAUGAGGAGCACAUCCCCGAGAGCCCCUUCGUGGUGACGGCCGCUGCCCCCUGCGACGCCGCCCGCCGCUUGACUGUUUCUAGCCUUCAGGAGUCCGGGCUGAAGGUUCACCAGCCGGCCUCCUUCGCCGUCAGCCUCAACGGGGCCAAGGGGGUGCUGGACGCCAAGGUGCACAGCCCCUCGGGGGCCCUGGAGGAGUGCCACAUCACCGAGGUCACCGAAGACAAGUACGCGGUGCGGUUCAUCCCGCGGGAGAACGGCGUCUACUCCAUCGACGUCAAGUUCGAGGGGUCCCACAUCCCCGGCAGCCCCUUCAAGGUGCGGGUGGGGGAGCCGGGGCAGGCGGGGGACCCCGGCCUCGUCUCCGCCUACGGACCCGGCCUCGAGGGGGGCACCACAGGCUCCCCGGCGGAGUUUGUGGUGAACACGGCCACGGCGGGUCCCGGGGCGCUGGCCGUUGACCAUCGACGGCCCUCCAAGGUGAAGAUGGACUGCCGGGAGUGCCCCGAGGGCUACCGGGUCACCUACCCCAUGGCCCCCGGCAGCUACCUCAUCGCCAUCAAAUUCGGGGGACCCCACCACAUCGCCGGCAGCCCCUUCAAGGCCAAGAUCACCGGGCCGCGCCUGGUGAGCAGCCACAGCCUGCGGGAGAGCUCCUCGGUGCUGGUGGAGGCGGGGGGCCGGGCGGAGGCCGGGACGACGGCCACAGCGGCGGGGGGGGCCCCCCCGGGGACCCCCAAAUUCUCCUCCGACGCCAGCAUGGUGGCCAAGGGGCUGGGGCUGAACAAAGCCUUCGUGGGGCAGAAGAACUCCUUCACCGUCGACUGCAGCAAGGCGGGGAACAACAUGCUGCUGGUGGGGGUGCAGGGCCCCCGCUCGCCCUGCGAGGAGAUCGUGGUGAAGCACCUGGGCAACCAGCUGUACAACGUGGGCUACCUGCUGCGGGAGCGGGGCGACUACCUGCUGGUGGUCAAGUGGGGGGACCAGCACGUCCCCAACAGCCCCUUCCGCGUCACCGUGCCCUGAGGGGCACCCCAAAAACACCCCCACGGGGGGGGGGCCCC